UGCAAUUAUCACCAGGCGUCUUAGUAGAGAUGAGAGUGAAACUGGGGCAAGAAUACCGCUGGAAGACUAAGAUCGCGGUCUCGGGGUUUUAGCCGAACUCCCGGAUGUCUCUGGUCUCUUCAUCUGUGGCUUUGGAAAGAUGCCGGCCAAAUCUAAGGAUCACCCGUCUCGGAAUCCGGAGCUUGCUCCCGGCAUUAGCCGAUACAGCCGCUCAGCCAUCUACAAGAAACGGGCGCUGUACAAACGCAAAAAGACAGGGGUAAAGAAAGUAGUUCAGGAUGAACCCAGAACUAAGACCAAGGACAUCGGAGGAGAUAAGAACGGAGGAAAGAGAGUCGUCCCCGUCCAAAGAGAGUCUCGCUACUACCCCACUGAGGAUGUGCGUCGUCGCCUGGCCAACAGAAAAAAGCCUGGUAUGGCUAAGCUGAGAAGUUCUAUCACUCCUGGCACUGUCCUCAUUCUCCUGGCUGGUGCCCACCGUGGAAAGAGAGUAGUCUUCUUGAAGCAGCUCAACUCUGGUCUUCUUUUGGUCACAGGACCCUUUAAGAUCAAUGGUGUCCCCCUGAGACGCAUCCCACAGUCAUACGUUAUUGCCACUAGCACACACAUUGAUGUCAGUGAUGUAAAGCUCCCAGAACAUGCUUUUGCUGAUGAGUCUUACUUCAAGGGUGAGCCCAAGAAGAAGAAGCGCUCAGAGGACAUGUUUGAGGAAGCCGCUGAGGAAAAGAAACCUAGUGAACAGCGCAUUGCUGACCAAAAGGCAGUGGAUGACCAGAUCCUUCCAAAGAUCUCUGCUGUCCCCAACAUGAAGAAGUACUUGUCAUCUCUGUUCUCCCUGAGGAAGGGCCAGUUCCCUCAUGACAUGGUGUUCUAACCGUUCUAAUUCGAGAUGAAUAAUUAAAAAUACCAACCCCUGAAAA